CUACACUUUCACUUCAGUUUCUUCGUUUCUUCAUUUCUUCUCUUUCUCUCUCUCUCUCUCUCUCUCUCUCUCUCUCUCAUGUCGAAUCCCUCUCAGUUUCAGAGCUUUUCAAAGAGUUUCGAUGGAGAACAGGGCUGAUGGUUAAGUUCAUAUAAUGUUCAACAAUUGAAGAAAACCAACAAGAACUCAAAUGCGGGUCAAGGAGAUGCACCCUCUCUGUUGCAUCACUCUGGAGAAUUUCAGUGGCGGAAUCGGUGACCAGUCACCAGAGGAAGCCACGUCGUUGUCCCGGAGUAGAAGUUUGCCGGUGAGCAUUCCGGCAUUUUCGAAUAAUAAUAAUCCUUUACAGAUUUCUGGAUCUAUAACUAGGGUAGCUGGUGUUCUUUAUAAAUGGACUAAUUACGGCAAAGGAUGGAGAUCGAGAUGGUUUGUGUUGAGAGAUGGUGUUUUAUCUUACUCCAAAAUUAGCCUUAUAUCUCCUGGUGAUGAUGAUGUUCGAUUGAUCGGAGAGAUUUCGACGAAUCGGCUUUCCAGAAGGAAGCGACAGAAAACUGGGGGAAUAGUUCAUUUGAAGGUAUCACGGUUUCGAGAAAGCAAGUCAGAUGACCGGCGGUUUUAUAUAUUCACGGCCACAAAGACACUUCAUUUGAGAACAGAAUCAAAGAAAGACAGGGUGACCUGGAUACAAGCUUUAGCCUCUUCCAGAAGCUUAUUUCCAUUGCAAAUUCUGAAUGAUAAUCUUCCCUUUGUUCCAAAUGAUUUAUCCCUUUCCACUCAGAAACUCAAGAAGCGUUUACUUGAAGAGGGAAUCAGUGAUGCAGUUGUUAAGGACUGCGAACAAAUCAUCCUCUCCGAGUUCUCAGAAAUGCAAGGACAGUUGAAAGUACUUUUGGAAGAACGAUCUUGUUUGAUUGAUACCUUGAGGGAAUUGGAGGCAGCUAAUAUAGAAAUCGAAGCUAAUGGAGUUCACAAUGGUGAGUACCAGUUGAUGAAACAUGAUUUUUCCACCGAAUGCAGUGGAAAAUAUAGUGAAUGUACUACUACUGAGUCUUCAGAUGACGUUGAAAAGCAAGAUAUCGAAGAUGGGUCAGAUGCUGAUGAAAGUUUCUUCUAUGACACUAAGGAAACGUUUUCAGAACUCACUCUUAGCUGUGGGUCAGUAGAAGGGACUUCUGAUUCCCUAGAUAAGGUUAAGGAUCUUGAAAGUCGAAAAGAUGAUGUAGAGAAGAUGCACCACAAACAGAGAAUUGAAAAUUCUGUUCAUUUUAGUGUUCAGAGAAGAAAAAAGCUUCCAGAUCCCAUUGAGAAAGAGAAACGAGUUAGUCUUUGGUCUAUGAUAAAGGACAAUGUUGGAAAGGAUCUUACACGAGUUUGUCUCCCGGUUUAUUUUAAUGAGCCAAUAUCAUCCCUUCAGAAAUGUUGUGAGGACAUGGAAUAUUCUCACCUUUUAGACCAAGCAUAUGAACAUGGAAGACAGGGAAACAAUUUCCUCAGGGUCCUCAAGGUUGCUGCAUUUGCUGUUUCUGGUUAUGCUUCCUCUGAAGGACGACAUUGUAAACCAUUCAACCCUUUGCUUGGGGAAACUUAUGAAGCUGACUUUCCUGAGAAAGGAAUUCGUUUCUUCUCCGAGAAGGUAAGUCAUCACCCGACCGUUAUUGCGUGCCAUUGUGAAGGCAGAGGAUGGAGAUUCUGGGGUGACAGCAACCUCCGAUCAAAAUUUUGGGGACGCUCAAUUCAGCUCGACCCUGUUGGAGUUCUUAACCUGGAAUUUGAUGAUGGAGAAGUAUUUCAGUGGAGCAAGGUCACCACAAAUAUUUAUAAUCUCAUUCUCGGAAAAGUAUAUUGUGAUCACCAUGGUACAAUGCACAUACGUGGUAAUAGAGAGUAUUCUUGCACACUUAAGUUCAAAGAGCCUUCGAUUCUUGAUCGAAAUCCUCAUCAGGUUCAUGGAUUUAUUGAAGAUGCUAGUGGUCGAAAGGUUGCCACAAUAUUUGGCAAGUGGGAUGAAGGUAUGUAUUACAUGGAAGGCGAGAUCAAUGGGAACCGAAAGCGCAAUAGCCCUCCGAGUGACGAGUUUAUGCUGUGGAAAAGUGAAAAACCUGCUCCUGAUCUCACUCGUUACAAUUUAACUUCAUUUGCCAUCACUCUUAAUGAACUAACACCUGACCUGAAGGAAAGGCUUCCACCCACGGAUUCAAGACUUAGACCGGACCAGCGACAUUUGGAAAAUGGUGAAUAUGAAAAGGCAAAUGAAGAGAAACAACGCUUGGAGAGACGUCAGAGAAUUUCCAGGAAAUUGCAAGACAAUGGAUGGAAACCCAGAUGGUUUUGUAGGGAAGGUGAAGAUGGGCCAUACCGAUACAUGGGUGGCUACUGGGAAGCACGAGAGGAAGGAAACUGGGACAAUUGCCCAGAUGUAUUUGGCGAAUUGAACGAGAGCAUGGUUGGCGAAUAGGGAUCAUGAUUUUUAGUCAGAUAAUGCAGGAGUACCUCGAAAACGUCGUCGAAUCAGCAACGAAUUUUGGGUAGCCUGGCCUUCUUCAACUUCAUUCUUUUUCACUAUACUUAUUCUCAAAGGUUAAUAAGAACUGGUGAUUCAUUGAGCACUUAAGUAAAGAAUUCUUCCUUCAGCUAUACAGUGGUUUAGGUUAAAAUCCGAAGUACCAUUUUCAUGGCCAUCCCUCUUUCUCUAUAGCUUGCUUCUUUUUGAGCAAUUGUUUAGUAUUCUGAUGUUUAUAUGAGAAGAGGGAAAUAAAAAAAGAAAAAUGUAAUUUUUGCUUUCAAUCCAUUAUGUAACGUCAUCUGUGCAGCUGAAUAUACACAUAUAUUCCAUAUAUAUAUAUAUAUAUAUUAUAUAUAUAUAAAUUUUUGCUGCUGCAAUCAGCAACCUGUAAAAGUGAAAUUUCUGUUGCUUCGUGAUGAGCAAUGAACGACAUGUUUGAGGUUUA